AGAGCUGCUGCCGCUGCCGCUGCUGCCUCUGCUGUCACUUCCCUACAGACUACAGAAGCCGCGCGGAUAACCCUCAGCACAGCGCGCUCUCAUCCAGCGCAGAUCCGGAGAUCUGUAGUCCUGAGGGCGGUGUGGAUCCGCUGCAGUGCCGCUGAGAGAGAGAGAGAGAGAGAGAGAGAGAGCAGAGCUGAACACAGGGCUGAAGCUGAGGAGCAUCGCUGCUUCUCCUCAACAUGGACCAAUAAUGAGCGACCGGCGAGGCGCGCAGCAGUGAGGCUGCCAGUGGAUGAGUGACCUGCGCCAUGCCGCCGGGGGUCUGCUACGGCAUGCAGGAUGUGUGGGAGAAGGAGGGUCGGGAGCAGGUCACCAUGGAGUUCCUCCUCCCCACGGGGAUCUACCUCAGCUUUCCCGUGGCGCGCAGUGAUACCAUCGGUGCAAUUAAAAAGAUGGUCUGGAAGAACGCCAGGAGCGAGCCUCUCUACAGCGUCCUCAGUGACCCUGACGCCUACGUAUUCACCUGCAUCAACCGGACGGCCGAGCGGGAGGACCUGGAGGACGAGCAGAGGCGCUUGUGUGACGUGCGACCGUUCAUGCCCGUCCUCCGGCUGGUGGCCCGCGAGGGAGACCGAGUGGAGAAGCUCAUCAACACUCAGAUCAGCCUGCUGAUAGGGAAAGGUCUGCAUGAGUUUGAUUCCCAGAAGAAUCACGAGGUGAACGAAUUCCGAACAAAAAUGCGCUCUUUCUGCGAAGAAAAGGCUCAAGAACGGCAGCGGUUGCCAUGGCACCAGUGGAUGGAGUACAACUUUCCCUGUGACUUGGAGCCCUUCUCCAUAGUGGCACAGAGUGGGAAAUCUCGCAGUGUUAAAAAAAUCAUCGUCAACGUCAAGUUUGAGGCCAGCGAGGAGAGCUUCAUGCUGCAGGUAGACCCGCAGGACCAGCCUGUGGUUCUGAUGCGCAGCGCACUCAGGAAAAAAGCCACGGUUUUCCGACAGUCGAAGCAGGAGAAACCCGAGGACUACACGCUGCAGGUCAACGGGAGGAUGGAGUUCAUCUACGGGAAAUACCCAGUGUGCCAGUUUAAAUACAUUUUCUCCUGUUUGUGCGGAGGACAGACUCCACACUUGACGAUGGUGCACCACUCCGCUAUCUUGAAGUACCAGGAGGAGCAGGGCAGCCUGAGUAACCAGGUCUCCAAGAGCCGCUCUCUGUCUAAACCCCCGCCGCUGCCUCUGAAGAAGCAAAACACGACGUCGCUGUGGUCUAUCCACGAGCCCUUCUUCAUCCACCUGGUGCAGGGCUCCCGGGUCAACGCGGACGAGGGCAUGAAGCUGGUAGUACAGGCCGGCCUGUUCCACGGCAGUGAGCUUCUCUGCAAGGUGGUGACCAGCAGUGAGGUCAGCGUGUGCUCAGACCCUCGGUGGGACCAGAAACUGGUGUUUGAUAUCAGCUUGUGUGACCUGCCGCGCAUGAGCCGCCUGUGUUUCGCUCUGUACGGCGUCUUGGAGAAGAGCAAGAAGCAGCGCUCCACCAAGAAGAAGAACAAAAAGGCUGACUGCCCUUUGGUCUGGGUGAACACUAUGGUGUUUGACUAUAAGGACCAGCUGAAGACUGGAGAGGUGGUGUUAUCCACUUGGCCUUCAGCUCCAGAUGAUAAAGGAGAUCUGCUGAAUCCUAUGGGCACGGUAGAGAGGAACCCCAACAUCGACAGCACUGCCGGCCUCAUCAUUCAUUUCCCCAACUUCAGACCCCACCCCCUCUACUACCCUCCACUCGAUAAAUUGAACGAAGCUGAACGGAACGGGGAGAAGAUCAGUGCUUCUAAAGAGGAGCACCUGAAACUGAAAGAAAUAGUGGACAAUAAAAACCACACAGAGUUCUUUGAGGAUGAGAAGGAGCUGCUGUGGAAGCUGAGAGGGGAGGUGAGAGCUCAUUAUCCAGAGAGCCUCUCCAAACUCCUCCUCAUCACCAAGUGGAACAAGCACGAGGACGUGGCCCAGAUGGUGUGUUUGCUGCGGAAAUGGCGAGACCUGCCGGCCCUGCAUGCUCUGGAGCUGCUGGACUACAGCUUCCCUGACCCUCACGUCCGCUCCUUCACCAUCCGCUGCCUCAGGAAACUGCGUGAUGAUGAGCUUUUUCAGUACCUCCUGCAGCUGGUGCAGGUUCUGAAGUACGAGUCCUAUCUUGACUGUGAUUUAUCCACCUUCCUGCUGGAGAGAGCUCUGUCCAACAAGAGGAUCGGCCACUUCCUGUACUGGCAUCUCAGGUCUGAAAUGCACAUCUCCUCUGUCAGUCUGAGAUUUGGCCUCAUCCUGGAGGCCUACUGCAGAGGAAGCAUCUACCACAUUAAGAGCUUGAUGAAGCAGAAUGAGGCUCUGAAUAAGAUGAAGGCCCUGAAUGACUUUGUGAAGUCAGGCUGUCAGAAGUCCACCUCCAAGUCCCAGAUUACAGAAGAUAUGAAGCUCUGCAUUAAACAGGACACUUACCUGGAGGCGCUGUCGGAGAUCGUGUCCCCGCUUAACCCCAACAUCAUCCUCUGUGAAAUCUGCACAGACAAGUGUAAGUUCAUGGACUCUAAGAUGAAGCCCCUCUGGCUGAUGUACAGGAAUAAAUGGCUACAGUCAGACUCCGUGGGCAUUAUCUUUAAGAACGGAGAUGACCUGAGGCAGGACAUGCUAACCCUUCAGAUGAUUCAGCUAAUGGAUGUUUUAUGGAAGACGGAAGGGCUGGACCUGAGGAUGGUCCCGUACGGCUGCUUGUCCACAGGGAAUAAGACAGGAGUGAUCGAGGUGGUGAAGAACUCGGACACCAUCGCCAACAUCCAGAGAAACAACAGCAACAGCGCCGCCACUGCUGCCUUCAACAAGGAUGCCCUGCUGAACUGGCUGAAGUCCAAGAACCCUGGGGAUAAGCUGGAUCAGGCUAUAGAGGAGUUCACGCUGUCCUGUGCAGGCUACUGUGUAGCUACAUAUGUCCUGGGCAUUGGGGACCGCCACAGCGACAACAUCAUGAUCAGGGAGAACGGCCAGUUAUUCCAUAUAGAUUUUGGGCAUUUUCUGGGGAACUUCAAGGCGAAGUUUGGAAUCAACAGAGAACGAGUGCCUUUCAUUCUUACCUACGACUUUGUCCACGUGAUUCAGCAAGGCCGGACCAACAACAGCGAGAAGUUUGAACGAUUUCGUGAAUACUGUGAACUAGCAUAUAAAAUCCUCUGUCGGAAUGGAACUCUAUUCGUCAACCUGUUUGCCUUGAUGAGAGCUGCAGGGCUUCCUGAGCUGAGCUCCUCCAAAGACAUUCAGUACCUAAAGGACUCCUUAGCACUGGGCAAAUCUGAGGACGAGGCGCUGAAGAAUUUUAAAGUGAAGUUCAACGAAGCUCUGAGAGAAAGCUGGAAGACCAAGGUGAACUGGAUGGUGCACACUGUUGCCAAAGACAACAGAUGAACAGCAACAGCGACGGGUUCAGGAGAAGCUUUGGUGAAUCAGCAGGAGUCAUGAGUCAUUUGUGAGACUGGAUUUAAACUGAUGCAGUUUCUGAUACAGAGCGCUCAGAUUUGAAUAGAAUUAAAUGCUCUGUUUAUCGUUUCAAUUCAUUUCGUUACGUUCUUAUGUCUGUCUUAUGAUAAACCACUUCACAGCCAACAUCAACCCACUGAUUCAGCUAAAUACACUCAUCAGCUAAUUUAAACCUUGUUAGUGACCUUAUGCUUUAUUGCUGGGAAAAAAAGCUCUGAAAUGUUGUGACCUAAAAGCCUUUAUGUAUUUAUGACUUUUUGACUUUGAGUUGUAUAGAAGAGAUUGACUACUGGCCAGAGGAAAGAAACACGUGUUUCGUGUUUCGUAUAGUUUACAUUCGUUUUUAAACCUUUACUUUAUCUAUAUUUGUACUUGAAUGUUUGGGUUGUAAAUAUUUCUUUCUGUGUCUUUUUGUGUUUUUUGCUAUUUAAGGUUUGGAGCAGUAUUUCGGAUUAUUUUUAAUUAUGUGUACUAAGGAAAUUCUUGAGAUUAUACUUAAUCUUAACUGUGCAGAUGAGAUUAUGUUUAUGUCGUGGCAAAGCAGUGAAGCAGAAUUGAUCCUGAAAGUUAUUAUUAUUAUCAUUAUUAUUAUUAUUAUUAUUAUUAUUAUUAUUUGUCAGAUGUUCUUGACCUGUGGAACUAAAAUGCCAGGCAUUUAUUAGGACUGGAAACUUUACGGCCUGUUAUUCGGGCCUGCGCUGUUGAAUGCUUCACUGGGCAUGGGGAUGUGUGCACUCCAUGGAAAACAGAUCAGUUGAAUUGAUCUACCUCUCGGGAAAACUUCAGGGCGAGGUGAAAGAUACUGAUUUGUCUUAUUUUAGAGAUCUUUUUAAACCAGUUGCACUGGUACUGUAAUCAAUAUGUGCCUAUGUUUUAAGAGUUACUGCACUCAAACACUUUUUGGUUACAGUUGUUUUUGACGAAUGCAUUUAUAUAAAAUGGAGCAGUAAUGGGAUUUGUGUCUCGAUAUUUAAGUGCAGAUGUGUAUUUUGGAUUGUUUGAUUGUAAAUCUUGUUUUUAUUUGUUGUUUUGUUUAUUUCUUUAUUUUUAGUGGUUCUAAGAAGAUGUCAUGUACUAUAUAUAUAUAUAUAUAUAUAAGGAUGAAGCCAUGUCUUUAAAGAAUGCCACUCAGUGUUUGUCACUUUUACUCUUUUAUGCUUUUAUGACUUUUGUAUGCUUUUAUCACUUUUUAUUAAGUUGGAGUUUGUGAGAACCUGUUUACACCUGGUCACUUAAUGUGUUUAGUUUCUAGAUUGUAUCCAGAUAAGAUUUUAACCAAAUGCGUUUACACUUGGCGGUCAGAUGCGAUAGUUCAGUUAGUCAGACUAAAAUCUGAUUACAGUGUGGAAUGGAAUAUGCAAAUUAAUUCAUUACACAGCAACUAUUGCUAAAAUUGGAGUUGUACUGAAUGCUUUGUACUUUUGGUAAUUUAGACUGCUAUAACAUGAGGCCCAAAUGUGUACCACAAAUGUGGUUUGUUUGAGUAAUCAGAUUUGUGAUUGUAUCUAAUGUAAAUGUGUCUUGGAUGCGUUUACACUUACAUUUUUAUGUGGUUCAGCCUAAUCCAGAUAUAAUCCUAAUACUCAAGCCACACAUAUUGACCAGGUGUGAACAGGGUCUAAGUGUAUUGUGUUAAUAAUGUCUGUGGGGAGUUGGUCCAAAGCCAACAAACUAAUCAAAACCAAUGAAAUUAUAUUGAGACUCAGAUUGAGAUAUUUAAAUUGGUCUUAAUAUGAAUCUUUUAAGGCCUAAUCAUGUCUUUAUACUAUAUUUACAGAAUGAUGGUAGCAAAACUGAGGAACUAUAAAGGUCAAAUUGUUACAAAUUUGUAACAGUUACAAAUGUGAAACCUUUUAUUCAUCCACGUAGCAAUUACUGCACCCUCGGUUUUCCUUUAAAGGGUCAGAGGAGGUCUGAACCAGAGCUGCCCCCUGCAGCCCGUCUCCAUUAUGUGCCUACUAUAAGUUUUUUUUUGUUUGUUUUAUUAUUGUGGCAUUAUCUGUGCAAUCCUUGUGUGCAAGGUGUUGCUAGAUGUACAGCGCAUAGUUUGUUAAACAGAUGCUUUGAAUGUCAUAAAGGAAUCCAGACAAAC